CAUUUACAGUCAGACCAACUUUGAGGCAGGAUGAAUUCUAGAAGGACACGACGUCGAACAUCUGGUCAUAGGGUCAACUCUAACCUAAGCCUGUGUUGUUGCCUUCCAUUGUUUAAAUGUCAUCAGCGUUCCAAGAAUAAGCAGCGGGCGUCGGAGAUCCCUCUCUCCCAGCUUCUGAGGUACCCGCCAGUGACGAGGUCAGCGAUCACUGAAUACGGGGCUCGGAGUCUCGGACUCGGCUGGGAUCGAGCUCGCCAGACGGGAUGUGUGGUGGUGCUGGAUACAGACAGCUCCUGUUCGAGUGCUCCUGAAGAGGCGAUGCUACCAUUCGCUUCUCUGGAGGGUUCCUGGGACGAAGAAAUGGAGGUGUUCGGCAGCGGCAGUGCGAGCAGCAGCGAGCCACAGGUGCUGUUUAUCCAGAAGGCAAGGAGGCCUGCCCAACCAAAUGAAUACCAUGAGCUAAAUGUUCCUAAAAUGGUUGAAGAGCCGAUGGAAGAGGGAGAACCAGAACCUUGCCUGGAUGAAGAGGUUAAAGAAAUUCCUAUUACAAAUCACGUUAAAGAAGGAUAUGAGAAGGCAGAUCCUGCACAAUUUGACUUGCUCAAGGUUCUUGGUCAGGGAUCUUUUGGAAAGGUUUUUCUUGUUAGAAAGAAGACUGGUCCUGAUGCUGGGCAGCUCUAUGCAAUGAAAGUGUUAAGAAAAGCUUGUCUCAAAGUUCGAGACCGAGUUCGCACAAAGAUGGAGAGGGAUAUUCUGGUGGAAGUAAAUCAUCCAUUUAUCGUCAAAUUACACUAUGCCUUUCAGACUGAAGGAAAGCUGUAUUUAAUCUUGGAUUUCCUCAGGGGAGGAGAUGUCUUCACAAGAUUAUCCAAAGAGGUUCUUUUUACAGAGGAAGAUGUGAAAUUCUACCUUGCAGAAUUGGCCUUGGCUUUGGAUCACCUGCAUCGUUUAGGAAUUGUGUAUAGAGACCUGAAGCCAGAGAACAUCUUGCUUGAUGAAAUAGGACAUAUCAAGUUAACAGAUUUUGGACUUAGCAAAGAGUCAGUGGAUCAAGAAAAGAAGGCCUACUCAUUUUGUGGCACUGUAGAGUAUAUGGCUCCUGAAGUAGUAAACAGACGAGGCCAUUCUCAGAGUGCUGAUUGGUGGUCAUAUGGUGUACUUAUGUUUGAAAUGCUUACUGGUACUUUGCCAUUUCAAGGUAAAGACAGAAAUGAGACCAUGAAUAUGAUACUGAAAGCAAAACUUGGAAUGCCUCAAUUUCUUAGUCCUGAAGCACAAAGUCUUUUAAGGAUGUUAUUCAAAAGGAAUCCAGCAAAUAGAUUGGGAUCAGAAGGAGUGGAAGAAGUCAAAAGACAUGCUUUUUUUGCAUCGGUUGACUGGAAUAAAUUAUAUAAAAGAGAAGUUCAGCCUCCUUUCAGACCUGCUUCUGGAAAACCAGAUGAUACUUUUUGUUUUGAUCCUGAAUUUACUGCAAAAACACCUAAGGAUUCUCCUGGUUUGCCAGCCAGUGCAAAUGCUCAUCAACUCUUCAAAGGAUUCAGCUUCGUUGCAACUUCUAUUGCAGAAGAAUAUAAAAUCACUCCUGUUACAAGUUCAAAUGUAUUACCAAUUGUCCAGAUAAAUGGAAACGCUGCUCAAUUUAGUGAAGUCUAUGAAUUGAAAGAGGAUAUUGGUGUUGGUUCUUAUUCUGUUUGCAAGCGAUGCAUACAUUCAGAUUCCAACAUGGAAUUUGCAGUGAAGAUCAUUGACAAAAAUAAACGAGACCCCUCAGAAGAAAUUGAAAUUCUGAUGCGCUAUCGACAACAUCCCAACAUUAUCACUUUAAAGGAUGUCUUUGAUGAUGGGAAAUACGUUUACCUUGUUACGGAUCUGAUGAAAGGAGGAGAACUACUGGAUCGUAUUCUCAAACAAAAGUGUUUCUCAGAACAGGAAGCUCGUGAUGUACUGUAUGUAAUAACCAAGACAGUUGAAUAUCUUCAUUGUCAAGGAGUUGUUCAUCGUGAUCUUAAGCCCAGUAAUAUUUUGUACAUGGAUGAAUCAGCCAAUCCAAAUUCAAUUAAGAUUUGUGAUUUUGGGUUUGCGAAACAGCUUCGAGGAGAAAAUGGACUUCUGUUAACUCCAUGCUACACUGCAAACUUUGUGGCACCUGAGGUUCUCACUAAGCAGGGAUAUGAUGCUGCUUGUGAUAUUUGGAGCCUGGGAGUCCUUUUUUACACUAUGUUGGCUGGCUACACUCCAUUUUCCAAUGGACCCAAUGAUACUCCUGAAGAAAUACUCCUGCGUAUAGGCAAUGGGAAGUUUUCUUUGAGUGGUGGAAACUGGGACAAUAUUUCAGAUGGAGCUAAGGAUUUGCUUUCUCAUAUGCUUCACAUGGACCCACAUCAGCGUUAUACUGCUGAACAAGUAUUAAAGCACUCUUGGAUAACCCACAGAGAGCAGUUGCCAAGAGAUCAACCAAAGACAAACGAUGCAUCUCAUGUUGUUACGGAAGCAGUGGUUGCAACAUAUUCUGCCUUGACUCCCAAGACUUUCCAACCAAUUCUAGAGCCUGUUGCUGCUUCAAGUUUAGCUCAGAGACGGAGCAUGAAAAAGCGAACAUCAACUGGCUUGUAA